AUGUACGGAGUAUUGCGACAAAAUAUGACAUGCACUGGAAACCUGCACGAAUCUACAGGGCCGGACAAGUUUAAAUGUUUCAUAAUUGUGGUCGUCAUGACGCUCAUUAUUGUUGGCAACGUCUGCUGCAUCGUCGUGUUCAACCAUCCUCUGUCAAAGCGUUUUUUUAUGAAACGUGUGAGAUACAUGAUGACGUCACUUAGUUGCUCGGACCUCGGCAUCGGCUUGCUCGUCUGCCCGUCCUCUAUAUACCCUUCGCUCUACCACUGCUGGCCGUUCGGAGAUGUAUUUUGCCGCAUUGAAGCUCUCCUAAUCUCUGCGCUUUUCCACGAGUCAUCUCUCAACAUGGUGCUGAUUGCGGUGGACCGGUAUUGCAUCGUUCAUUUGCGAUGGUACAAUAGCUACAUGAGCUCCGAACGCUUCCUUAAGCUUAUAAUUUCAACGUGGAUAGUGGUUUUUACCUGUUAUUCCUUCGUCAUUUUUGCCGGAGGGCAAUAUUACUACGAUGAGUUUGGAAUAAACUGUGAACCAUUUUAUGAAAACGAAAAAGUUACAUUGUCUGUAAUCAGCAUUUUCUAUUUCUUGCCCGCCUUUCUAUUUGUGUUCAGUUACAUGUCCAUCUACCGAACGGCUUGCAAAAGAAAGAUGCUGACAAUCUCUGGGGCUGACAAGCAUGGAAGGAUGGUGUCUGCUAACAUAAGGACAUCAAAGUAUCUAGCGGCAAUAACGGCGGGCUUCUUUGUGGCGAUUUCACCUUGGACUUUGACCACUCUUAUCAUUGUAGCCGAGAAGAUAAGUAUAAACAUUCACCUAGACUUCACCGUGACGUGGCUGGCACUUAGCAACAGUUUCUUGAACUGUCUAAUUUACGGCGCCAUGAACCGGAAGUUCCGUCGCGCGGCUAAGAAGUUUGCAUGUGGUUUUCAGGUUAAAUUACAAACGGAAACUACCGAUAAGUCGACGGAAGAUUUUAGCACCGUUGGGGAAUCGACGUAUUCACGAUACAAACAGCGUUCUGUCCAGAAGAUGAGGCAAAGAUACAUGGAAACGUCAGUUUCUGGUGCAUCACCACAAACAGAUAGAUCAGUGAAGGAAACUGUUAUCAUGUAAAAUGACAAUAUGAUAAGAGUACUUUUUAUUCAUGUAUCCUUAAACAAAGUGCAUGAUGUAUUAAGUAAUAUUAUGUAAAUCGUUUAUUGAAUAAUUUCAGCACAUUUAUCUUAAACAAAUGUAUAUCUAUGCUUCUGUUUCUCGGUGUGUUAUCUUUCAAAACCUGAAUGCAUGUGCCCAUAAUGUUAUCAAUAAAACGAAACUCCAU